UAUUUCAUUGAGUAAAUAAAUUAGUCUUAAAUUCAACUGGAUUAAAUAAUUAACAAUUUGUCAAUAAUUUUUAUCGCUUUAUCAGCAAAACAAGUGCAUUGUGUAUCACUCAGCAAUAACUGGAUAAGUUGUUAAAAGCGUUUAUAAAAAUGAAUAAGAUUUUAGUGAUACAUUACUUAUAUAUAUAAUAUCAUGAUAAGCAGGUCUGGCCUACAGUGAAACUUUACUUGCUUUAAAUGAUUACAACAACAAAUAGUUCGACGCCUAACAAUAAAUGGCGAAGUUUUAUAAGACGUCGUGUUCCUAUAUUGAACUGGAUACCUUUUUAUACUACUUCAAAGUUACUUCAUGACUUACUUGCUGGAUUUACUGUUGCUUUAACUGAGGUCCCACAAGGAAUUGCUUUCGCAGUAGUAGCAGGUUUAGAUCCUCAAUAUGGUUUAUAUUCGGGCUUUAUGGGUGUAUUUGCGUAUUUUUUGUUUGGGACUGGUAAAGACUUAAACAUAGGACCAACUAGUAUACUGGCCCUUAUGUUGCAGCCCCAUGUAGAGGCCAUGGGAGCUGAUAUGGCAGUGCUCAUGUCAUUUCUAGCUGGCAUCAUAAUCUUUGCUCUUGGGUUGUUAAGACUGGGUUUCAUAUUGGAUUUUUUUUCUUAUCCCAUAAUAUCUGGAUUUACGACUUCAGCGGCUCUGCAAAUACUUUCGUCGCAAAUAAAAUCCUUGUUCGGUAUUACUGGAAAAGCAAGUAAAUUUCUGAACGCGUGGAUAGAAGUUUUCGAAAAUAUAAAGAGCAUAAAACUGUGGGAUACCGUUUUAGGAUGUAUUUGCACCCUCUUGAUUCUUGGAAUUAAGUAUUUAGGAAAACGAAAAGGAAGUUCGAGAAUCAGAUCUAAUCGUACAAGAACUCAAAAUAUAAUAGCAAUUUUCUUAUGGUUUAUGUCACUUAUAAGCUAUGCAAUUGUUGUAAUGGGGGCAACUGUCUUAGCUUACAUCCUUUAUCAGUAUGGGCACACUCCGUUUCAGUUAACAGGCACUGUAAAGAAAGGUCUUCCACCUUUCACACUACCACCAUUCAGCACAACGUUUAACAACGAGACGUACAGUUUCGUGGACAUGAUGAAUCAAUAUGGUGGAACUACGGCAUUUCUCCCUUUGGUGGCCAUUUUAGAACACGUUAGCAUUUCUAAAGCAUUUGCUAAAGGUAAAACCAUCGAUGCCACUCAAGAACUGUUUGCUCUCGGGCUUUGCAAUUUUUUCGGUGCUUUCGUUCAAUCCAUGCCGGUUACAGGAUCUUUUACAAGAACCGCUGUCAAUAACGUAUCGGGGGUAAAAACUACCGCUGGUGGCUUCUUUACCGGUACUUUUGUCCUUCUGGUUUUGGCAUUUAUGACUUCUUUCUUCUAUUACAUUCCAAAGACAACUCUCGCUUCUGUUGUGAUAAGCGCCAUGAUUGGGCUUAUCCAAUAUGACACAGUUUUCGUUUUGUGGAGAACCAAAAAACUAGAUUUGAUUCCUUACUUUGCCACACUCUUGUGCUGUCUGUUGUGGAACUUGGAAUAUGGAAUUCUUGUAGGAAUUGCGACCAAUUUGUCCAUUGUUCUUUACUUUAGUGCCAGACCUCCAAUCGUAUUAGAUUUUCGGCAAAUUGACGAUAAAAAAGUAUAUUUAGUUGUACCAGAGACCAGUUUACUUUUCCCCGCCGCAGAACAUUUGAAAGAAAAACUGUUAACUGCUUGUCAAGAAUCGGAGAGUUUGGUCGUUUUGGACGGAUGUCGUAUAAAGUUUAUAGACGCAACAAUCGCAAAGAGCUUUAAAAGUUUGAUUGACGAAUUCAAAGUGAGAAACCAAUUUAUUUUGUUUUUGGAUUUUAACGAUAGUGUUAUUAACACUUGCGUUUCGUUAGAUCCAAGUUUGGAGAAGUAUUUCGUUAAUGGAACUUUGGAUGAUGUUGUAAGCUUUCUUUUUUAGGCGAAAGUUUGAAGGCAGACAAUAAUUUAGUUAUAAAUUCAUAGAUAGGUCGAGUUUUUUAUAAUUUUAAUGACAAACGUUAGAUUAAGAUGAAUCACGAUUGUUUUGUUAAUUUCAUUUCGUAAAUCCAAGAUGACGUAAAAGUAAUAAAAAACCAUUUUAUUAUCAAAAAUAUUUACUAGGUAUAUUUAUUUUUAUACUAUGUAGUGUUUAGGACAUAGAAAAAUACUGAACAUUUUUCAUACGUUCUCAUUGAAAUAAAUACAAUAAUAAAUAAAUUAAAACUA